AUGGAAAGGGAAAGGGAAAGGGCUAAUACCGGUUGGGACCCGAGCUUGGAACCAUCGCCAAACUGCCCACGCUGUGGCUCGUGUAAUACUAAGUUUUGUUACUACAACAACUACAGUCUCACUCAGCCAAGAUACUUCUGCAAGGGCUGUAGAAGAUAUUGGACAAGAGGCGGUUCUCUAAGGAACGUGCCCAUUGGUGGCACUUGCAGAAGAACCCGUAGGGUGCUUAAGCCAAGGCUUCUAACGACCCUUCAUAUUAAUGAGAACCUUCCCACUACUAUGUACCCAAAAAACAACCCUAACAAUAUUGAACUUUCCCGAAUCUAUGCUUCUUUCUUGAAUCAAAACACUACAACCCAUAUCUCCAAAUUUCCAAUCCACAAUUCCGUUCAUCCACUUCCGACUAGUGGGUUUCCAAGAGUGGAUACGGAAUCCACAUAUACAUUUCAAGACGGAAACUUCGAAUUCAUUUCUAAGUUUGGUCAGAUUCAAGAAGAAGGGAUUCUUCUUCAACCAUUCAUGGGAUGUGAUCACUUGAUGAUGACUACUAGCAACUUUGGCUUCAUGCCCCCAUUUCCUGGUCUAGAAGGAUUGGGUUCACCAAGACUUCAUGUUCAUGCUCCUACCAAUUUAAUGGUUCAUGAAAACACCGUGAAUUCCAAAGAUUUGUUUCCUACCCCUCAAGAUCGCUACAUCGGAAACAAAGAGCUUGAAAUUCGCGCAGCGGCUGCUGGCACAGAGUUAGCCGAUGCUUAUUCCCCAGAUACCGUCAUUGCUUCUUCUCCGAGAAAAGAAGUUCACGACCAUAGACCACUAGUUACUGGAUCUAAUCCUCCGCGAAAAGUCAAAAAUUCUGCAUAUUUUGACCGAUUUAAGGUGAAAAAUGGAGUUACUCCCUCGGCAAAAUUGGGAUAA